CGCGCGUUUGUGACUGUCAUUUCCUUUGUGGUCCGCAGAAGAAGUAUGUGCAUCGAGUAUAGACUCUGAUAUCAACUAGGAACCGUUAUCCGAACCGCGCAAAACUAAAACUUUAAAACUUGAACGCCUCAAUUGACGAAUUCUUAGACCUCGGUUGUGGAGGAUCCUGGACUUCUUUGUGCGGAUGACUUCCACUCAUGCCAAGUCUGCCUGCCUAGGCGAGGUAUUGCCUUUUCACUAGCGCCAGUGUAGUGAGAACAGCGAACGACCGGCGACAGCCUUCUCGGUAUUCUCGAUAUUCACUCAGAGCACAAAACGUGUAAAAUGGCGGGAUUCGAGAAUGGUGUUGAUAUGAUGGUCAGUCAAAACAGUGGUAACGACGUGAAGCUGUUGUUGUCGGCAGAUCUAAAGACGCAUUCCAUAGGAACCGGGCCUCCGCCGUCGACUGGAUGCGACGACAUUUCGUUUCAUGAAACAAACGGGACACAUGGGGCUGAGAGAGAGGAUUGUUACUUCGCGGAAGAGGUCAUUGGAUCAGGCUCAGAGAAAUUGAACGAGCAUGCAUCCGAUAACUCUUCUAUCAAAAAUGAUGGGUCUUCAUCUUUGAUUCAAAACUUUCAAGGUUACAAAGCAGUGAUUAUGUUCGCCUCAUUUUUCUUCUCUAUGGUCACAGGUGGUAUUGGGCUAUCUGUGGGAGUGUAUUUCAUCGCCCUUCAGGAAGAGUUCGAGACAGGAGCAUCACUUACUGUUCUGACGUCGUCACUUUACGUUGGGAUACGUAGUUUUACUGCCCCACUAUCGAGUCUCCUCGUUGAUCGAUUUGGCAUCCGUGUCGUUGUGAUGACUGGCGGUCUCAUAGCAACCGUUGGUUGCCUAGCAACAGUAUUUGCAAAUAGUUUCUUCUUCGUGUUGUUCACAUUUGCAAUUAUCACUCCAUUAGGUGCAGGAUUAGCAUACGUGCCAGCAAUGACCAUCCCUGCUGCCUAUUACGAUCAACGAGGCAGAGCAUUCGCUUUCUCAUUCGCCCUAGCAGGCGCUGGCAUCGGACAGUUCGUGAUGACAAACGUUCUCGCAGCGACGAUAGAGGCCUACACCUGGCGAGGGUCUAUGUUCAUAUCUGCAGGAGUCAUAUUGCAGAUCGUUGUCUUAGGUGCUCUGAUGCGGACCCCAAAAACGUGGAAAAAAACCCAACCAAAACAAACUGAUGAAAGGUCGUCUUACCGCAACCAGAUUCUCAGGAUUUACAAAAAUGUGGAGUUGGUUAUGUUCUUUUUGCAUUAUAUCCUGAUUUCAUGUGGACUCUCCGUCAUAUACGGGUACAUAACAGCCGUGACAGAGACACUUCCAAAUGUGUCCAAACAGCAGGCUGCACUGCCCUUGUCAAUGAUAGGCUUGUCAAUGAUAAUUGGCCGAACGGCGAGUGGAGUCAUUGGGCAGCUCAAAUGCGUUAACGUUUUCCUGUUUUAUUGCCUUGCUACGCUUGUAUCCGGUUUUGUAAUCAUGCUCGUUCCGGUUGUGGCAGGUUAUACAUUUACAGUAAUUUGCACAUUCGUGUUUGGCCUCCUACUCGCGCCGUAUGGUUGCCUCUACAAUAUCGUGAUGCUGUAUUUCUGUGACCUGUCCGACCUUAUGGCUGCCUUUGCACAUGUGUCCCUGCUGAGUGGAUUAGCAUUUGUCGCUGGAGCACCACUUGCUGGUUGGCUAUAUGAAGUGACAGGGUAUUACGACUCUUCCAUCUACCUCGUAGGUGCCCUCAUUGUCGCAAGUUCUCUCGUACUGGUCUGGCCAUACAUGAGCCACAGACGAAGGCAUGCGAAGGAAGUGGCCAUCAUAGGAGACCAGGUCAAGGCACUAAGUGUUGGAAGUAUGGGAAUGCUCGGAAGUCAACGUAUGACUUAUGGUCUCCAAGAGGUUUUAAGGUCUGAAAUAUCAGUUGACAAGUUAUGAACAAAGGACUUUCAGAUAGGAUAAAGAGUCAGAAGUGUUCAUCAAUACUUUGAAAUAGUUUUCUAAGAGGUCGGUGAAUAGGCCUUUGAUUUGCACUUAAAUCAUUGACCUGCUCACUGUGUGACUCGCUUGA